AUGAGUAGAAACAGAUUUGAAGGUAUUUUGGGCAUGUUCCAUGUAAGUGAUAAUGUGAAGGACAGACCCUCUGAUGACCGACUUUACAAAAUAUCCGAAUUUCUUGACAUGCUGCAAAAGAAAUUUAAGUCCUCCAAAAUGCCCGAAAAAGACAUUUGUAUUGACGAAAGUAACGUCCCGUUUCGAGGACGCAUUUAUUUCAGACAAUAUACGCCCAAUAAGCGACACCACUACGGUAUAAAGCUUUUCAAGUUGAGUGUAUCUGGAGGAUACACCUGGGAUUUCAAAGUAUAUACCGUCAGAGAAAAAUCAAGUGAAUUUGCAGUUUCUGAAAAGGUAGUCAUGGAAUUGAUGGAAGGUCUUUUGGACAGUGGCUGCACACUUUACACUGACAACUGGUACACGAGCGUAUCAUUAGCCAAAAGACUGAUUGACCGAAAAACGCCUUUAGUUGGUACAAUUAGAGCAAACCGCAAAGGUAAUCCUCAGGAAGUAAUAAAGGAAAAGUUGAAUCGAGGUGGAAUUGUAGCUCGGCAAGAUAAUGACAAAACUGUAGUCCUGAAGUGGAAGGAUAAGAGAGACGUCAUCAUGCUAAGCACCAAACACGAUGAUUCUACCGUUACUUUAGCAAAGAAAGAUAGGGAAGUUAUUAAACCGAAAGUAAUUGUUGACUAUAAUCAGGGCAAGGCUUUUAUCGACUUGUCGGAUCAAAUGUCAGCAUACGCGCCUGUUCUAAGGCGAACUUCAAAAUAG